AUGGCUUGGACUACUCUCGCAACAGACCCUGAGUCUUCAUGCCAUAUAAGGAUACCUUCGUGGUCGAAUGCCCAAGAUGUGUUCUCCACGCCGCGACCAUCCAAGCAAAUUACAUUCAUCAAGGAGCGCACUCAGCAGAGAACCACACCACGAUCGAAAGCUUCGAAACCACAAGUUCAGGGACCACCAGCCCCCAAAGCACCAGUACCUAAAACACAAGUACCCAAAACACAAGUAUCCAAAACACAACUACCCAAAACACGAGUCCCCGACCUAAAAGCUUCCAAUACAAAAGCUCCUCAACCAAAGGCUCCCCCUCCGAAAGCUCCCCAACCGAAAGCCACCACCCCAAAACUGCAAACUCCCAAGACACACCCAGUCCCAGACUGGACCGUCAUCCCAGACAGCAAACAGCCCGCAGCACUUACCGCACUCAACCUACACUGCCACGCCCGACCAGUUCUCACAGCCAACGAACACAAAUUCGGAACCACACUACCCAUCCCUUACCAAACCAACCCGAAGCGCGCAGCCAUAUGCAUCGACUGCGAGAUGGUUGGCAUAAACCCGAACAACACAUCAGCUUUAGCCCGCAUCUCGGUAAUCGACUACCUCACUAAUGAGAUCCUCAUCGAUACGCUCGUCGAACCCACGCAACCUGUCACGGACUGGCGGACGAAAUACAGUGGGAUCACAAGACAGGCUAUGGCGACUGCGGUGUCGCAGGGGAAAGCCCUUAGAGGAUCAUCUGAAGCACGCGCGGAGCUAUUCAAGUACAUCGAUAGCGACACUAUUCUUGUCGGACACGCUCUACAGCAUGACCUGUCAGCCCUAGGCAUCCGACACGACCGCAUCGUCGAUUCCGCAAUCCUAGCCGCUGAAGCUGUAGGUCGGGGCGUGAAGAAGCGGUGGGGACUCAAAGACCUAGCCAGCCAACUCCUCGACAUCAAGAUCCAGGGUGGCGAGAAAGUAGGACAUGAUUCCGUUGAAGAUGCUUUCGCAGCGAGGGAGGUAGUGUUGUGGUGUAUUGAGCAGCCGAAUAAGUUGAGAAUGUGGGGGCAGAGGAAGAGGAAGGAGUACUACGGCGGCAAAAGCAAGAAGAAUAGUGUCAAGAAGGGGGUUAGUUCGAGGGGGUUCCGUCCGUCGGCUUCGAGACCGGGGUGGUGUGGGCGCCUUGAGGAUGAUGAAGACGUGUUGACGUGGUCGGAUGUAGCGGGGGAUUGUGGGGAUAGGAAUUAUGAUCCCUGGUCGGACUAG